AUGGCCUUGUUGAUUCAAGCGUAUAAUUUUUGUGCACAACUUGAUGACUCAUCAAAUGUACUCCCCUUAUGCCCGCACCUGGCCAAUCAGCUGUACGAAAAGUCGAAAGUUUCAACUUCCGCUAAGAUCGCCCGUGUUUUGGCAGACGAGGAGGUGGAUAUUCAUAAAACAGCCACGUCGCUCCUCUGCAUGCCACUGUCUCCUCUCCAUCUACCUCCCGUUACCAUCUUGCCCCAGAAUAAGCAUCUCGUCUACACUUCUUAUAUACACGAUAUGGCCAGAAUUGGGCGUAUCUUGACCCUCGUGGUCUUCGCCGCCGUCGGUCUGUUCCUCUUCAUGGGACAGACGGUCGAGGCCAAAGGUCCCAAGAUCACAAGCAAGGUCUACUUUGAUAUCGAGCAUGAUGGUCAGCCCCUCGGACGGAUUGUCAUGGGAUUCGCUUUGGCUACUGGUGAGAAGGGAUUCGGAUAUGAGGGGUCUACCUUCCACCGUGUUAUCAAGGACUUCAUGAUCCAGGGUGGUGACUUUACCAAUGGUGACGGAACCGGUGGAAAGUCCAUCUACGGCAACAAGUUCGAGGACGAGAACUUCAAGCUACGCCAUACCAAGAAGGGUGUUCUCAGCAUGGCCAACGCCGGAAAAGAUACCAACGGAUCUCAGUUCUUCAUUACCACCGCUAUUACUGCCUGGCUUGAUGGAAAGCACGUCGUCUUCGGCGAGGUGCUCGAGGGAUACGAUAUCGUUGAUAAGAUCCAGGUCGUCCCCAAGGGCUUCCAGGACCGUCCCACCAAAGAUGUAAAAAUCGUCAAGUGCGGAGAACUUGACAUGAAGGAGGAAGCAGAGGGUGAAGGUACUGAAUCACCAUCUAAGCCCGACUCCGAGAAAGAACAGGCCCCAGUCCGUGAUGAAAUCUAG